UCGUCGUCGUUGUCGUUGUCGUCGUCGUCGUCGCCAUCGUCAUCGUCGCCGUCGCCGUCGUCGUCCCGGUGUUCGAGCAGCGCCGCGGCGGUUCCCCUCUAUUGAUCGAAUUUGACCUGCGAAGUUUCCCCUAGCGCGUGUGUGCAGUAUAGUGACGGCCGGUAGUGGCUCUUUCGCGUUCGUGUUUCCGAGUCUGAUAGUGCGGUUAAAUUAAUCGCGAGCAGCCUCGGUAUGUCUUUGCCAACGGCUUGCACGCGGUUCAGUGACAAUUACGACCUGAAGGAGGAACUCGGCAAAGGUGCCUUCUCCGUGGUUCGACGAUGUGUACAAAAGAGCACCGGUCACGAGUUUGCUGCAAAAAUUAUAAACACCAAAAAACUCUCGAAUAGAGAUUUUCAAAAACUCGAGCGUGAGGCACGGAUAUGUAGAAAACUGCAACAUCCAAAUAUUGUGAGAUUACAUGACAGCAUACGAGAAGAGAAUUUCCAUUAUCUCGUCUUUGAUCUAGUCACCGGCGGAGAACUGUUCGAAGACAUCGUCGCCCGGGAAUUCUACAGCGAGGCGGACGCCUCGCACUGUAUUCAACAAAUUCUGGAAAGCGUUCACCACUGCCACCAUAACGGAGUUGUGCACCGAGAUUUGAAACCCGAAAAUUUACUUCUCGCGAGCAAGGCGAAAGGGGCGGCUGUGAAAUUAGCAGAUUUUGGGCUGGCGAUCGAGGUGCAAGGUGAAGCGCAGGCAUGGUAUGGUUUUGCUGGAACGCCCGGCUACCUCAGUCCGGAGGUACUGAAGAAGGAGCCAUACGGGAAACCAGUCGACAUAUGGGCGUGCGGUGUCAUCCUGUACAUCCUUCUGGUCGGUUACCCGCCCUUCUGGGACGAGGAUCAGCAUCGGCUUUAUGGACAAAUCAAGGCCGGAUCGUACGAUUACCCGAGUCCGGAAUGGGAUACCGUCACGCCGGAAGCCAAGAACCUUAUUAAUCAGAUGCUGACGGUGAAUCCAGGAAAAAGGAUCACUGCUAGCGAGGCAUUGAAGCAUCCAUGGAUUUGCCAACGUGAGCGUGUUGCAUCUGUGGUGCACAGACAAGAGACCGUGGACUGCUUGAAGAAAUUCAAUGCAAGGCGCAAGUUGAAGGGCGCAAUAUUGACAACCAUGCUGGCGACGCGGAACUUUUCCAGUAAGUAUGAUGCACAGGGUAAGUACCUCCGGCCCUCUUCAGCGCUCUAUACGGACCACGACAGACAGUACUUUUAUAUCUUCCGUUAAACUUUACGUCUCCAUGUUUCUGUACACGAAUACAUUCCUUUAACAACCCCCCCUCCCUCCCCCAACAAAACUACAUCUCCCUCCUUUCCCUCUAUCGUUUAUUCGUCUUGCACUUUCGCUACAUAGAGGAUCUAUUCAUCUGUCUUUUCGCUCCUUUCAAAAGGUGCUUUAUAAUGCGGUUGUAUAGUGCCAUCAUUACUAAAUGUGUUAUCUUAUUAUAUCACUGUGUAUAUCACAAUGAUAAACUGUCAAUUCUAUCCUGAUUUUUACGAGGAUUAAUAUAAAGUCUUUUUAAAUUCUGUUGUAUUGAUAUUUUUAUUCUUAUAAAAACGACUGCAAAAUGGAGCACCUGUGUAUGCACAGAGAUAAACUAGAGUCCUUUCUUGUUGAGACAACCUCUUGUAUUAGAUGAUCGAAGGAGCGAGGUUGUACAAGGAAUCAAACAGUUAUAUUAAUAUAGCACAAUGAUUAUGAACAAUCGGCCGUAUUUAUUAUCUGAAAAUCAUUUUUCACGCGACUUUCGCGGUUAAUUAAGCACUUAUUAGACAAAGAAUUGUAUUUUAUCCUCGCUCACUCGGUAUGGUUAUCAUGAUAUGAUGUACAUCCCUAUCUAUUUCGUAUACUUUAUAUAGUUGAUGCACAUGGCUCGCACAUCAUAUCCUGCAAAGACUGUGGUACGUUACCCAGAAGGAUUAGAUCUUUACAAUGGAUAUACAUGAUUUAUAUUUUACGUGGUACGUAACAUGACUAGUGUCACGCGUAUAGCGUGAUUCUCGUUAUGGAGGCAAACAAUUAUCCUAAAUUUUAAUCCUUUCAUUGCAAUACCGUAUUAUUUUAUUAAAGUUGAAAAACAAUAUGAAAAUUGUAAUUGUAUAUUGGCCACUUUUAUUGUGCGUCUACUUGACACAAUAACAGAAUAAUGAUGUAAAUUUAUGUUGUAAUAAGAUGUUUUUGAAACUG